UGUCGGCACACUUUAAAUAACCACCCACGAAAAAACACGAUUAAACCAACUCCUGCGUGGACUCCUCUUACACCUGAAGUCACGUGCAGGUUUAAGGUGAAGGAAGACGUCGCUGUAGCGUAUCAGACACGCUGAGUGAGUUGUUAGGAUGUCCGGUUGGUUUCGCCGAUCCCCCCCUCUUUCUCAGGCUGAAUGGAACAUCCUGAAAGUAGUUUGGCUCUCGGAGCAGGAGAGUAGAGACUGACAACAUCGCAGGGGGUAGCUUCAUUUCUCUUCCCUUUACCGACCGCGGGCAGCCCCGAGAGCGGAGGUUAGAGGACACGUACUGGCUACCCAACCCCGUCGUCUUUUUCUUGCUCAAAAGCAAUGUUCAUUUUGAUUUUCUCCAAUUUGUUUUGAGGGGAAGCACAAGCGCGUCUUGAAGUAGCUUCUGGGUCUUUUUUUUUGGGAAUGCUUCCUCAGUCUGCCAGUAAAGAGCAGAGAGUGACAGUCCUGUCUGUCAAUUCACAUCUGAAGACAUGUUGUACUGGACUCUGCCUGACUGGAAACUACUGCUGCUGACUGUACUUCUGUGGGACCGCCUCUGUGCUUUGGGGCUGAAACCCACGAGAUGGCCACUGUAUUCCCAAAAGCCUCUGCUCCUGGCUUGGAAUGCCCCGACUGAGGACUGUGUCCCGCGGCACGGUAUUCGCUUUCAGCUGGACAAUUUCCAGAUCGUGGCCUCACCCAAUGAGGGCUUUGUCAAACAGAACCUCACCAUUUUCUAUAAGGACCGCUUGGGCUGUUACCCCUACUUCGAGCCAGACGAGACGCCGGUGAACAAGGGGCUGCCGCAGUUGGCCAGUCUCACAAAGCACCUGGAGAAGAUGCCGGAGGGAGUUCAGAAGUAUAUACGGGAACCGGGUGCCAAGGGUCUGGCAGUUAUUGACUGGGAGGAGUGGCGCCCACUCUGGAUACGUAACUGGGAAACCAAAGAUGUUUACCGCAGACAUUCUCGUGAGUUGGUGCGUCAGAAGAACCCAACGUGGCCUCCGGAGCAGGUGGCAAAAGUGGCCCAGCAGGAGUUUGAGAUGUCUGCCAGGAAGUUCAUGCUCGAGACGCUGAAGUACGCCAAGAACCUGAGGCCCAACCAGCUGUGGGGUUUCUACCUGUUCCCCGACUGCUACAAUCACGACUACAGGCGCACUCUGGAGAGCUACACGGGCCGCUGUCCAGAUGUGGAGGUGGCCCGCAAUGAGCGGCUGAAGUGGUUGUGGACUGAGAGCACGGCCCUCUUCCCCUCCAUCUACAUGGCCACCGUGCUGCGUUCGUCGGCAUCCGGACGGCAGUUUGUCCGGAACCGAGUGAAGGAGGGGAUGCGUUUGGCAUCAUCAGGCGACGGGUUGGCACGUCCUGUCUUUGUGUACACCCGGCCCACCUACGCCAACUCCCUGGAACAGCUGACAGAGACCGACCUCGUCUCCACCAUCGGGGAGAGUGUGGCUUUGGGAGCAGCGGGAAUCAUCCUGUGGGGAGAUGCCACCUAUGCAAGCAGCAAAAACAGCUGCUCUGACCUGGACGUGUAUCUGCGGGGUCCGCUGGGUAAAUACCUCCUCAACGUCUCCACGGCAGCAGAGCUAUGCAGCCAGACCUUGUGUGCUUCUCACGGCCGCUGCCUGCGCAAAGAUCCAGACAGCGAUGUUUACUUGCAUCUGAACCCCUUCACCCACAGCAUCACCGGUGGGACCGGCAAGCAGACGGUCGCCGGUGAGCUCGGCGAAGCAGAGAAAAUGACUUUUCAAACAGAGUUUCAGUGCCAGUGCUACAGCGGCUAUCAGGGAGAGGGCUGCGAUCAGAGAGGGGUACGAUCUCAAGCCACCAGUCCAUCAGUGCAGCAAUGUGUGAUCUCACUCAUGAUCUCUCUGCUCCUCUGCUACCACGCAGAAAUACUGUAGACACAGCUGCAAUUUAGGUCUAAACACACCAAGUUGUGAAUUUUGAGGAAUGAGUAGUGUCGUUUGAUUUCUUUUAAUUGCUGUAAAUGGAUGACACAAAGUGAAAUUUUAUAAGAAACACUGUGGAAAUUGCAAAGAUAUAUUUGUUUAAAACUUUUUAACCUAUUUUUAAACAUCAGAGGGCUCGCUGGAAAUGACCUUGUUUACAUUUUGCUCUCAGUUUCCUCUCAGUCACUGUUUCCCAAUGUGUCUAGUUCCAUGUUUCUCAUAGAGAGAAAACCUUUUUGGGGGAGAAAUGUGAUGAAUGAGUUGACGUUUGUCAGGAGCCGUGUGGUGAAAGUGCAAUUGAUGCACUUAAAUCUGGUAAUAGCACAAUGUAUCCGAAGUGCCUGAUCUUUUCUCAACAUGACCUCUCUGGAUCUAGUUACAGUAUUACUAUUUAUUUGAAUGUAUUGUUAGGUGUUUUAUAUGAUAUUUUCUUAUUUCUAUCUCCAAAACAUGACUACUAGUUUUCUUUUAAACCCUACAGUAUUAUUCAGUAUAUGCUAAAAAAGUAACAGCUCAUUCUGUAUUUCAGCAGCUAGAUGAGAAGCACAAACUUAUCUCUUAUGACGGAGGGUCCCACACAAGCAUAAAGGCUUGGCAGCGUUGUCAUAUCUGGGACUCUAAUAGAUCUUGUGGGUCUACGUUUGUGUUAAAUGACAUGAGGCAUCCUUCAGAAUUGGGUUGGCAUUGCACCGUGCUUCACUUGUAUUGCUGAUCUUAUUCUCCUCGGAUCAGCCUCUAUACAUUUUGCUGUGUGAAGUCAUCAAGUUUUUCCAUCACAGUAUGUUCCACAGUUUCACUCACGUGCCUUUCUUUAUGUUGUUUGCAGAUUUGACUUUUGUCUUAGUAAAUAAACUUCUUUGUUGA